AUGCAGUCUCCCAGCCUGCUACAGAAGUUUCGCUAUGAGAAGAAGAAUCUGUCUCAGUAUGCGCUGAAGCUGGCAUCCUGUACGACUGGUCGCGGCGACGGAAGCGACAAGGUGGCGUGUAUCUCCCGCUCCUCCCCCGCCGCCGCCGCCGCCGCCGCCGCCGCCGUAGUCAGCCCCGCGGUCGGAGAGGGAAAGUCGGGAAGAAGGAGACCAGUGAUACUCAGUUCAGAUUCCGAGAACGAUGAACUACCUAAAACUGAUCAUGGGACCAUCGUCGGGAGCGACGACGAUGAGUUGACCCCUGACCUCCCAGAGCUGAUGACAUCACCGUAUCACAGGGCGUCACUGGCAUCAACGAGUAGGAUUAGGAGAGUGCGUUCCGACAGCGAUAAUUCCAUGUCGGAUUCCGGCGUGAAACCCGUGAAGAGACGUCGCAUUCGCAUCGCUAACAGCAGUGACGACGAUGACGAUGAUGCCGGCGGCGACGGUUGUCGUGGCGACGGAGCGGGGAGCGGGAAUCUCAACAGGAAGGAGAGGAGGAAGCUGGAGUUCCUGCGCGACGCUUUCCCUGAUCUCAAUGCCGAGGUAAAAACUGAUCAUCACACGAUAAUCUCUAAUAACAUCGCAUGA